UUUUUUGUUUUGGUGAUAACUAGAGGUCACCCUCUUCUAUAUACAAAACCAAAAACACACCACCUUACAUAACAAAACAAUCUCUCUUUCGUUACAAAAACAAAUUUAGUUCUUGUUUAUUCACCAAAGAAAGUGCUAAUUGUUUUUUAAUGGCGAUUCAAGCCCGAUUAUAUUCGGAGAAUAAUCUUGUGUAUCCGUUCGCUGGUGAUCAAGAUGGUAUUGUUGGUGAAAAUUCGUCACAUGAUUUGAUGGGAAAUGGUUUUGGCGUCAAUGAUAUAUAUCUAUACAAUCUUCAAUAUGAUCAACAGUCGUCACAACCAUUCGUCAAGAAUCAAGUUUUUUGUUUAGAUGAUAAUGGGCUUAACAAACCAAGUUUGACACAUUCUCGAUCUGUUGCAGCUCAAAUUCAAAAAGAAAAUCAAGAAACUGAAAGGUUCAUUAGUUUACAGCAUGAAAGAUUAAAAUUAGCUUUGCAAGCACAUAGAAAGCAACAAUUCUUAACAAUCUUGAAGAAUUGUGAAUCAAAAUCCGAGCUAUUGUUAAGACAAAAAGACGAAGAGAUCAAACAAGCAACAAACAGAAGAAUCCAGCUAGAAGAAAUUCUUAGAAAAACCGAUAUAGAGCGACAACAAUGGCAAAUGGUUGCAAACCAAACCGAAGCAAUGGUGAUAAAUUUAAACAACAAAAUUGAAGAAUUGACUAGAGAUCAAGUUGAAGAUGAAGGUUCAUGUUGCAAUGAAAAUGCUAACAAUGCAAAUAGUAAUGGUGGUGAAAACAAGAAGAAAAAUAUAUGCAAAAGCUGCUAUAGAAAAGAUUCAUGUGUGGUAAUGCUUCCAUGUAGACAUCUUUGUUCAUGUAAAUCAUGUGAUGCUUUUCUUAAUACAUGUCCAGUCUGCAAUAUGGUAAAAAAAUCUACCAUACAACUUUCUUUUUCUUGAUUUUUAAUUUUU